UUAGAAGUCUACUCUCCGUCCGCAGUCCGGAUGUCCCGAAGGCUCCGAUGCCUACAGAUUUGAUUCCAACUCCAGCAGCAAUAAUAGUAGUCAUAAUAAUAUGCUUAACGCACCGAAAAUGUUCUAAAAUAAUGUAGUAUUGAACUUUCACGCCGCACGUUAAAAAAAAUAAGAUCUCGAUAACUUGAAUAAAAAAAAGUGCAUCCGGUGACUGAGUUCCUGUUUGUGUGAAACAAAUUUAAUUAUAAUCGUCGAUUUCCGACAACAGUUUUUUUUUUAACAAUAUUUUCUUGCAUUGUUUCAACCGUUUAGCGCGUUGUCGAACAUCGAAUGUAAAACAUGUAGCUUAACGAUACGUCUCGCCUACUACGAUUACCCGACGAUGAUAUUUUGCUAUAAUAAUAUAAUGACAAGCAUUUCGGUGAAAUUUAAACGUUCUUUUAUUUUUAGAUACUUUUUAUAACCGACCGUGUAAACGCAUUCCUCCAAAAAACAAACACAUUAAACCACCGUAACCCCGACUGAUACUGCACGCGCUAGAAUUAUUACCAAAAGGAAAAAAGUAAAUAAAUACUCAUUGAACAUCUCUGCAAACGCAUUUGGUAUAUUUGUGCACGGUCGUCGUCACGUCCAUGGCGCAACGGUUUCCGUAUAACGUCAUCCGUAGAUCUUAAACGUUAAGUAAAAUAUAAAAUAAUGAAGAUUCGACAAACGAUAGAUUCUAUACUCGAAGAAUGCGGCUAAUAGAAUUAUACUUUGUCGAGUGAUAUAAAACGGAAUAGCGUGUGUGUAUGGAUUGCAACGAGAUGAGAACAGCUGUGGAAAUGAAAGUGCAAUAUUUCGUAGCCACAACGUUCAUCUGGUUGGUUUCUUGGACGGCCGCCUUAGACAUUCCGUAUGAAGACCUCAAUAAUCCUAAUAAUGAAACAGAUGACAAUAGCGAAUCAACAAUACCUUUACCGGAUUAUGACAUGUUCAAUAUGACUGCUUCGCCCAUGGAAAUGGACACCUUAGAUUUGAACGACGGAGUUUUAAAGAGGACCGACACGAAUUUAGUAUGCACAAAAAAAUUCGUGGUUAACGGACGGACGCUGGAACAUUGUUACGGGGACGAACACUGCCGGUCAUAUGGCGACUGUUGUCGGGACAGCGCGUUUUACAACGAGCGUGAGCAGUCUGCGGCCAUGAGCCGUUUCGGGUGCUACAACGUACCGAACACCGAUUUGGUGGUGAAGGUGGUCGGCCGGUGUCCGUCCAGGGCGUACUUGACAGCUCGCCAGCUAGCGAAUAGACAACUGUGCGAGACAAACGGAGGUGACGGUGCUGAAGAAUUAUCGAUCGGAGCUUACCCGGCAACGGGUACUUCCAGUAAUCUAACGUACAGGAACGCAUACUGCGCUAAGUGCAACGGCGAGCCAAACGUGGUAUACUGGAAACCGUUGUUUAAGUGUUUAGCGCCAGCCGCCUCCCAGUUGCCCGAUCGUACCGCGCGUCUCGAAAACGCGUCCGACCAAAUUCUGUUGUACCACGAACGCCGCUGGUACCUCGCGGACUACGAUAACAAAGUAAUAUAUUCGUGCAAGAUACAGUUGUCUGCCGACGUACCCGUGCCUCCACUGCGACACUGUUCGUCCGACGGUCUCCUGGUCAACGACUGUCCUGCCGGCAAUAACCUUGGCCCGUUGGCCGAGACAUGCAAGUCGUCCGCUAACGAAGUGUACGAGUUUAACGCCACCGGAACCGGUAGAACGUUUAGGAACGCGGCGUGCGCCUUGUGCAACAACGUGUCCAUCGCUCGACUAACAUGCGUGCCUAAACCGCCUUUAAGAAGCGUUUACCCGGAUUUAAAACAAUUGUUUAACGUGAAAUUACAGCCGUGCACCCCCGACGAAAUUUACGACGUUUCGGCGGCCAAAUGCCGGAGCAUAAUGCGCGAAUCGGGUGCCUGUUCAGAGUCAUUCAUGUUGUCACUGGGGGAAUUCGACAGAUCUUCAUUUACCAACGGUACGGUAUACGUUUUCGCGUACAAGAAACGUCUAGAGUACGCGCCGACCAACGGUACUGAUAUAUUGGUGUGCGUUGACAACUUGAAAUUACUUUGGUCCGAGGAGCCAGUGUACGCAGCCUUCCUGUCUUACGUUAGCGUAACCUGCUCGGCGCUGUCGGCGUUGUCGCUUAUCGCGCACCUGUCACUGUUCGCCGCGGACGCCGAGCCUAAAAAUCUUCCUGAAAAAAACUUGGCCAGCCUCUGCCUUAGUCUCUUGCUGGGCUACGUCAGUUGGCUGUCUAUAGCUGUCGGGGCCGUGCCGAAAGGAAAAACGUCGUGUGUCGUUUCUGCGUUGAUGAUGCAAUUCGGUUUCUUGGCCUCUUUUGCUUGGAUGUCCGUCAUGGCCACCGACGUGUGGAUCGUGCUGUACGCAUCUACCAAGAAGCUGAGGCUGGUGGGUGGCAAGCGGAACAAACGGUUCGCCGCGUAUUCCGCGUUUGCUUGGCUGACGCCGGCCGCGUUUACGACGUUCGCCGCCGCUCUACAAUGGUCGUCCACGGUGUACGAAUUUGUACCUCAACUCAAACCCAACUUUCAGCACACCUGCUGGUUCCUUAAUCCUGAGUCGUUGAUCGCGUUGUUCGUGCUGCCCGCCGGCGUCACCAUCGUCACCAAUUACGUGACGUUUAUCAGCGCCAUCAGACUGAUCGCCGCAUCGGCCAACGGCGUGUCGUUUGCCGCCGACACUGCUGUCAACCGGUCUAGGAAAAACAUGAAAAUUUACGGUCGCCUGUCGCUCAUGAUGGGCUUGACGUGGGCAAUUGGCUUGGUGGGUGCAUUUUACGACCACGACGUCGUUUGGGCCCUGUACACUGUGCUCAACUCUCUGCAAGGGGCCUUUAUCUUCUUGGCGUUUGAAUACAGCCAUAGUGCGUUGCGUUUGUUGUUUCCUAAACCGGCCGUCUAUUCGGAAACGCAGUCCUCGGGCGUUACGCCACUUAGCGCGUCCACCUAAAGUUUAUCGAUUUUGGUUAGGUUUUUAACACUAAGUCGAUUGAGCUCGUUUCGGGUUGGGUAAAAAAUCGCGAAAAAUAAUAAAAUGAUUUGUCAAAGUUCCUGAACGUGCAAAAUAUAAAAAAUGUCGAUGGAUUCUGUACUGAUGAAUCGUCUAAAUGAUCAGCCUUUAUAGAUCACUUGGACGAAUCAUCAGUAUAGCAUAACCAUCAAAUACUCGGUUGUCGAAAGAAGUAGAAUAAUUCUAUACAGCUUAGAUUUUAAUCAUGAAGCUUUUUCUUAAAAUAAUUUUUUGACUUUCGAGUUUUUUUAUGAUUUUUAAACAUAAUAUAAUAUAUAUUACAGGCAAACUAUUGUAUUUUACCAUUGCGAGGUCGUUGUAGAAUGUGUAUAAUUAAUGUAUUGUGAAGAAAUUAUAUUAUGAAUGUUUGAAAAUUCCGUUUGUAUAUCUAAUAAUAAAUUGUUGGAAUGCCAGUCAGAAUAUUAUAUGUAAAAACAUGCGUAAUCUUAACUUUUUUUAUUGUAUACUAAUGUGUACCGUCACAAAACGUUUGAAACUCUUCUGCAGAGUAUUUGCGAUAACGCUCGAUGACGUCUUAGAGUGUAUAUUUGAUAUAUUGAAUACGAUCUUAGAUCUGAAACUACGAUUUAUGAUAAUUUCAGUUAAUAGGUCCUUUUUAAUUAUCAAACUGACUAUGUAUAAGUCAUGAUGGAUGCUAUGCUAAGUUAACUUACCUUUUUUUUUUAAUAGUUAUCACAAAUACACUGCAUUAGGGGUAUACCUAUGUUUUAAUUACCUACUAUUAAAAUAUAAGUAUACUUUUUUCCUUAUCUUUAAACUGUAAUUAAUUGUCAUUGGUUAUGCAUAUUAUUAUAGCUUGUUAACAUGUAUCACCAAUGCUAUAACAA